UUGAUAUCUGUAUAUGGGCAUGCUUCUACUACUGUCUCUCGUCAAAACUGCUCAGAUGUGACUGUGCAUUCUGCUGCUGCUAUUAUCUGACCUGUCGCAUUGCUGGCUGCCCAAUCCGGAAACCGAGUCGCCCGUUGCCACCAAAGAGGCAACUGCCACAAAAUACUCAGAAGCAUUACUCACGCACUACUCGGUGUAGCUGUAGCACUGUAGUGUAGUGUUGAGAGUGUUGUGUAUUGUCACAACUUGUAGUACGACGCGAUGGAGCAGAAUUCCUCGGGCCACCGCGACUCCGACUCCAGCUAUAAGCAGCCUCCACCCAGACAGUGGCAGACACACUCAUCAAACAGAUGCUACCACUCUUUUUGGCUGGCCUUCUUGGCCUCGUUGCAGCAGCACCGCAAGACCUCUCCCUCAACGACUAUGUCACGGCACAGACGAACGCCGCACUAUCAGGCAUCGCCAAAAACUCCGUCGACUUUCCAGGCGUCAUUGCAGCCUCACUUGCUCGCGAUACAGCAAGACCUGGUGAAUCGGGUGGUCAAAACUACUACUACCAAUGGACCAGAGACUCGGCACUGACCAUGCGAACCAUCAUCAACCAGUACGCAUCAGGCGACAAGUCUUUGGAUGCAUUCAUCCGACAAUACAUCAAGAAUGAAUACGACCUUCAACGUCUGGUCACUCUAUCUGGCAACUUUUCUACCGGUGGACUCGCUGAACCCAAGUACUACAUGAAUGGCACGGCCUUUAAUGAUCCCUGGGGCAGACCACAGCGAGAUGGACCAGCACUCCGAGCGAUUGCUAUUCUUGGCUACCUAUCCACACAAACAGAUGCUGCAUACAUCAAGAAUGUGCUAGAUACCGUCGUCAAGCCAGACUUGGAUUACGUCGCUGCCAACUGGAAAGCACCAGGCUUUGAUUUGUGGGAGGAGCGCAAUGGUACACACUUCUUCACCGCCAUGGUUCAAGCGCGCGCACUGGCAGACGGUGCAUCUGUCUUCAAGAGCGAGUAUUACGCAGCACAAGAAGUGCAGCUUGGUAGCUACCUCGAUACAUUUUGGAAUAGCAGCUCGACAGGCACCUUCAUGUCCAUGCUCAAUAGCACAAAACCGACUGGUACCGACUGUGGUAAUUUGCUCGGCGCUAUUCACGGCUCGCAUCGCUACCGUCCAUCCAACGACAAGGUGCUUGCUUCUACAGCCACUCUGAUUGAUGAAAUGACUGGCCUAUACAAUAUCUCCGGGUCAACACCCUUGAUUGGCAGGUACCCUUCAGAUGUGUAUGACGGCAUCCAGUCUUCACAAGGCAAUCCAUGGUUUCUAUGCAUGUCUGCCGUUGCAGAAACACUAUAUCUUGCAGCAACAGAACUCAAGCAAGCGAAUGCCGCAGUACAAGUCAACGAUAUUAACCGCAAUUUUUACAAAAAACUCAACAUCUCCGCCUCUGUCAGUGCAAGUGACUUGCCAAGUCUAACGGCUGCGUUUGGUCGGUAUGCAGACCGCUUCCUUGCACUCCAACAACGCUACGUCGGUGCAAAUUUUAGCAUGUCUGAACAAAUCAAUCGCACAACAGGCAUUCAACAAGGCGCUCGAGACUUGACAUGGUCGUAUGCAGCGUUUGUUUCGGCUGCGCGUGCAAGGGCUGGACAGUUGUCGUAUAGCUUUGCGGUGGGUGUCCCUGGGAAUGCCGUGUCGAAUGGACGCAUUGGCGCUGGGACCGCAGAUGCCAGUACGGGAUUGACAUUGGCGCUUGCGAGUGGUGUCGCUGCCAAUGUGACAGGUGGCGUGAUUGGUGCUGCAACAGGCGUACCAGUUGCAAUUGCGAAUGCAGCAAUUGGAGCUGUUCCUGCAUCAUCUAUGGCAACGGGACGUUUGCAUGCUUCAGUAUUGAGCAGUGUUGCUGUCUUGGGCCUUGUUCUUUGGCUCUGAGAGACCUUUUUGUGUAUUUUCAGCGUUAUGGCAUUGCUACUAGUAUUAAUAUGAUAUAAAGCAACUCAAGAA